CUUUCUCUCUCUGUAGCUCAAAGCUUCGAAAAUGGCAGAGCCACCACCGUCGUCUUUCCACCCCUUCGUGGGUCGUCCUUCACCAAAACACCGAUCAUCGUCAUCAUCAUCAUCGAGCAGAAAACACUCCUUCCCCGGAAAUACUCAACAUCCCUCCAUCCACCGUCUCUUCCCGUGCCAGUACUGUCCCCGCAAGUUCUACACCUCCCAAGCUCUCGGCGGCCACCAGAACGCCCACAAACGCGAACGCGCCGCUGCUCGACGCAACCUCGGCGCUGUUGUUGAUCAUGCUCCAUCCCUCAUCGACGACGACCCCUCUUUCCUUCGUUCCUCCUACCCGUGUAAUCUCUACCCCAACCCGCCUCAAGGAUCCACCACUUUCUCGGUGAACGGAUCGGCCUGGAACGUCCCGGAUCAACAGACGAUGGUGAUGGUGGGUGGUGGGUACGUCGACCCGUUUCCGUAUCCGUAUCCGUUUGCGUACCCAUUCGGAGUUUCGUCCUGCGACGGAAACGGCAUGGUGGAGGAAGAGGAGCCACAGCUGGAUCUUUCUCUCCGUCUAUGAGUUAGUUUU